GGGAGAGAGUGGGACCCGGAUGCUGAUGCGAGUGAGACGAAGGAAGGAAGAGGAGAGAGAAAAUAUCGAUUUACGGCAAGAAAACCGAAGGGAGUAUAAUACAGGGGGCCUUUACCCUGCGUGAACUAUAAUCAGAAGUGAGGAGGGGAGUAAGGUAGUCGAUAAUAGUGCGGGUUAUUCUUGCGGGCAUCUGUUUGUGUGUUUUCUUUUACCUGAGUCUCCGCCGGUGAGGGAGGAGGAGGAGGACACGCCAAAGGAGAGAGGAGAAGAUGCUGUGAUCCGCUACUUGCAGCAGGGAUGUAGAGAGGGGACGACGGGGAGAGGCAGGGAGGGGGAGCACUACGCUAAGGAUGGUUUUUUCGGCAGGAAAUAUUGUGAGAAUGCGGCGGCCGUGUGAUCAAUCUUACCGUUUGGCGAUGCCCGGAAACUUCAGGAGGUGUUGGUUUUUUUGACAGUCGGCCGCUGGUCAAGGCGUUUAAAGCUAAAGCUAGCCUCGCUGCUGUGUGGGAGAGCGGCGGCGAGGCUAAAAUAGCAUGUUGUUGCACCUGUAAAACAGGCCGGACAGACAGAAAUAAAUACAUUUUAUUUUCAUUGCUAACAUCCACUUGGAGUAUUAGACGUGUGGCUGGUGUACUCCUCCGAUAAUUGACUAAUAUUUCUCAGCAGACGUGAAUUCAAGGCUCAUAUAUAAAAACGUCAACGAGUUCUCGAUAAGCGUCAAACAGUGAACGUCGUGCAAGUUUGAAUAAUCUAAUGUACAGAAGUGAGGUUAAUUCACCUUGCCAUGUUUAUCUUUAAAGUAGUUGUCAGUAUUUAACACAUAAAAAAAGACUAAUAAAUUACUGUCAUCUUGAGUUUUUUCUGCUUUAAUCUACCAAUAGCAAGCUGUUUUGUUGAUUAUAAACGUCAUGUAUGUUUAACGUGCUUCAGAAAUACAAUAUUUAGCCAUGUUUAUUAUCUAGGUUUUAGAUGAAUAAUGUCCAUUCGACAUCCAGAUGUUUUAAAUCAACAUCAGUUUGAUGCUCCUUGACUCCAGAGUAGCAGUGUUGUCACUGAAAUCAGAAGUUGUUGUGAUCUAAGUCCAACAGCAUCCUGUAAACCACGGUGACUUUGGUAUAAAGCUGAAAAAUAUCAAAGUAAUUGCAAUAAAAAAAAAACAGUGCAGUAGUAGUAGUUGUACUGUAUUAGCCUGCAGUAAGAGCAGUAUGAGUAAGGAACUGUCUCUAGGUCAGUCAGCUCAAUAUGUUGGGCCCUACCGACUGGAGAAAACACUGGGGAAGGGUCAGACGGGACUGGUCAAGCUCGGGGUCCAUUGCAUUACGGGUCAGAAGGUAGCGAUUAAAAUAGUCAACAGAGAGAAGCUGUCUGAGUCCGUCUUGAUGAAGGUUGAGAGGGAGAUUGCCAUUCUCAAACUGAUUGAGCAUCCACAUGUGCUGAAGCUGCAUGAUGUUUACGAGAAUAACAAAUAUCUGUACCUGGUUUUGGAGCAUGUGUCAGGAGGAGAGUUGUUUGACUACCUGGUGAAGAAGGGCCGACUGACUCCAAAAGAGGCCAGGAAGUUCUUCAGACAGAUCAUCUCUGCUUUGGAUUUCUGCCACAGUCAUUCCAUAUGUCACAGAGACCUGAAGCCCGAGAACUUGCUCCUGGAUGAAAAAAACAACAUCCGUAUCGCUGACUUUGGCAUGGCCUCCUUACAGGUGGGAGACAGCCUGUUAGAGACCAGCUGUGGAUCACCACAUUACGCUUGUCCUGAAGUCAUACGGGGGGAGAAAUAUGACGGGCGAAGAGCAGAUGUGUGGAGCUGUGGGGUCAUCCUCUUUGCCCUGCUGGUGGGCGCCCUGCCUUUUGACCAUGACAACUUACGCCAGCUCCUGGAGAAGGUGAAGAGCGGCGUGUUCCACAUGCCCCACUUCAUCCCCCCGGACUGCCAGUCCCUGCUCAAGGGCAUGAUUGAGGUCAACCCUGAAAAGAGGCUCUCGCUGGAGGCCAUCCAGAAACAUGUCUGGUAUCAGGGUGGUCGUAAUGAGCCGUGUCCUGAGCAGCCUCCUCCCCGGCGAGUGUGUGUGAGGCGAAUCUUGUCCCUGACUGAGCUGGACCCAGAUGUGUUGGACAGCAUGCACUCGCUCGGAUGUUUCCGAGACCGAGUCAAGCUCACACGUGACCUGCAGUGUGAAGAAGAAAACCAGGAGAAGAUGAUCUAUUACCUACUGCUGGACAGGAAAGAGCGCUACCCAAGCUAUGAGGACGAGGACUUGCCUCCGCGUAAUGACGUAGCAGACCCUCCUCGAAAGCGUGUCGACUCUCCUAUGCUGACGCGUCAUGGCCGCUGUCGCCCCGAGAGGAAAAGUCUGGAGGUGCUGAGUGUUACUGAACAGGGGUCUCCUACCCCGCCUCGCAGGGCCCUGGACACAGCUGCACACAGCCAGAGGUCUCGCUCAGUCAGCGGAGCAUCAACCGGUCUCUCCUCCAGUCCUCUCAGCAGUCCCAGGUCCUAUCAGAGCCCCGUCUUCACUUUCAGCCAAUCAGAUGUCACCUCUGCCACCGCUACCCCCCUCACAAAGGAGCCCAAACAAGGAAGCAUCACCACUCCUCGCUCAGUUCGGGCUCACGACAAGCCUAAAGCCCCCCCCAAUCCAAAGACCCAGACCCUGCCCACCAAGGGACCUGCGGAGCGCCCCCACCUGCAGCCCAUCAAAUCCUUGCCUCUGCACAACCCAUCCUCCCGCUCACCCUCCCCUUCUCCGCUUCUGUCACCCAUCCCCCGUUUUUUCUUCCCCUCGUCCUCUGUCCUAAAGUCAGUGACUAAGAGCUUCUACCCAAACUCUGCCCACUCUGUGCCGCAGGUCACCCCCCAGGGCUCUCCGUUGCCCACACCUUUGGGCACCCCUGUCCACCACCCUCACCACCCCUCCUCCACCCCGCCCUCCUCCUCCUCGUCCUCGUCCUCCUCGCGGGCGGAGGGAGGGGGUGGGGUAGGCUCGCUGUCGCUGACCCCGCCCUCCAGCCCAGGGGGGGGAAGCGGCAUGGCCGCCAGCAGCUCCGCCCACUGGAGGACACGCCUCAAUUCUUUCAAAAACAACCUGAUGGGCUCGCCACGUUUUCAUCGACGCAAACUACAAGUUCCUACAUCAGAAGACAUGUCCAGUCUAACACCAGAAUCAAGCCCAGAGCUGGCUAAGAAAUCGUGGUUUGGGAACUUCAUUGGCUUGGAGAAAGAGGAGCAGAUCUUUGUGGUGAUUAGAGACAAACCUCUGAGUUCUGUUAAAGCGGACAUUGUCCACGCCUUCCUGUCUAUCCCGUCGCUCAGUCACAGCGUUCUCUCCCAGACCAGCUUUCGAGCCGAGUACAAGUCCUCCGCCGGUCCCUCCGUCUUCCAGAAGCCCGUCAAGUUCCAGGUGGACAUUGCUUUUUCCGAAGGCGAGAGGGAGCGGGACAGGGAGAGGAGCGAGAGGGAGGGCAGGAGAGAGACAGGGAUCUACAGUGUGACGUUCACUCUCAUAUCAGGCCCGAGUCGCAGGUUCAGACGAGUGGUGGAAACGAUUCAAGCUCAGCUACUCAGCUCUCAUGAUCAACCCAUGGUGCAAGCCUUAUCUGAUCCCUUCCCAGAUGAGAAGAACGGCCGACCCCACGGGACCCCCACCCGCCAAAACUCCAGGCGUUCCGAGGGUGGGGGUGACAGGUGCGAGUGGGGCGAUCGGGUCGAUGGCGGAGGUAUCGGAGGCAGCGGGGGAGUUCUGCAGCGCAGAGGCUCAGCGAAAGAGAGAACCCGACUGCUGUCCUCCAAUGGAACCCAGUCCCAACCGUAGGAUAGAAAGUGAGACUACGCAGAAGGAUGCCUGAACUACACUGGACAGAAAACCGUGUAACUCCAUCUCCAAGUAUCCCUGCAAGCCAUGAGCUACUCCUUUUCUUCCUAGACUAAGUUAUGAAGGUGCUUGACCAUAGCAAGGAUUGAGCCUAUUCCCCCCGUCAUGCUUUGUGUCCCGACUCAACAUACUUUUGAUCUGUUGGAUCACCAGGAUUCCUGCCCUUACAUGAGAAGUGUUUAGGAAUCACCCUUUAAUGAAAAUAAUAAUAUUUGAAUGAGCAGUUUGGUAUCCUUCAUAGAUACAGCUUCACAGAUCAAACAAACUAGGAAUUUUGAAGUGCUAAUGUGCAUGCCAGUUAGCAAAUCAGCCUGCUAAAGGAUGCUGAAAUGAUCAGAUAGGCUAGUCUACCAUAUCAUGAUAAUACAGUAUCCGACACCAAAAAGAGUCUCUUACAAUUAACCAGUGCGCUCAUAUCAUUAUCAAGCAACAUGCAAAUACGAGUCCAUACUGAAAGAAUUAUAGAUGUACCCUAAGAGUUAGCAGCCUGCUCCCAUCUCAGUGAUGAGCUGAACAAAAAGGUCCUGAUUCCCUCAGGAGAUACGGCAUCCUGGAACUCCUGCAGUGUCUUCUCCAGAGGUAAAGAAAACCAAUAAAGUAAGCUAAGUAAGUGAAUGUGAAAAAGAAUAUUUUUUUAUUUAGUUUUAUUUAUGUUUACAUGUUUCUUUGGAGGAUGUCAGUAGCACAGAGAUAGCAGUAAAGAUAGACUGAAAACACUCUGCAGUGUUGAAGAGGGGGAAGCUGACUAGUCGCUCUUUUGAUUCUCUUUGUACUUUAAUUUUACUCAGAGACAAUACCGAGCAAUGCACCUGAGAUUUUUGCAUUGGACCCCAUGUUGCUCUGAAGAGAAGUAUUUUUGAUUUGAACAGAAAUAUGAACAUUACUAUAUGAAAAAGAAAAAAAAAAGAACACUAUGCGUGAAUUGUUCCAUGAACCUCAUCACAGCUGUUUGUGCCCCGAUUGAAUGAGCAGAGCGAUCAAACACAAGCCACCUUUCUCAUUGAGCUUGUCUCUUAUUGCCAUAGUAUUCACAUACUGACUCAGAACAAAAAAAAAAAAAAAAAAGAAACAAGAAAAGGAUAUUCUUAAAUGGACUACUCCUAACGCCGAACUUUCAAGGCUUGCCAUGUCAAUUCCUUGUUUAACAGGACUUCAAAAAUGGAAAAGCAAAAGCGGAAGAGUCUCCUAACCCCGGCGCCCUUCACUGCAGUAUUCACCAACGAGCCAAGUAGUCCAUCGCUGCACCCUCGUUCACCACAGAGAGUCACACCAUUCUGCAAACGGACGUAGCAGCUCGGGACGGUCAUGUUAUCCUCCAGCACUCUGUCAGACUAGUCGAUGUUCAUCACCAGUCUUCCAUACAGCACAAUAUGCAACAAAAGUGCAGAAUGUUUUCAGUGAGAUUUAUGCUACUGUUCUGUUCAUUUUGACCUUUUUAUGUUGCCACUUAUCUGUCCUAUUUAUUUGCAUUGUUUAUAUAAAGACAUGUAACAUUUAUUUAUUUAAAUUUUAUGAAAUUGUAUUUAUUAAUAUUUAUUUAUGUAUGUGUUGGUCACUUAAGCGUAUCAUGUACAUGUUUAUUUUUACAUUUGAUGUCAACAAUACAUCCAGAGCUAAUUUAAGAAAUUUUCUCUUUAAUUUCUCUUUCUGUUAACCCUUCUUUCCACGCUCAACUCUGAUAGCAGUACUGACUAGUUGCCCUCACCUUACUUCUUCAGUGAUCUUUGUUUAUAUCUCACAUCUGUCUUGUGACGUUUAUCUCUGGUAACUGGAGUGUGUGUGUGUGUGUGUGUGUGUGUGUGUGUGUAUGUAUGUGUGUGACGACAGCUAAAUGUGAGUGAGCUGACAACUUUGCAGCAGCUGCACUUUGAGCUGAUUGCGUCCAGAGAUUUUGACUGAACCCAGGAAUAUCAAACACGUCAAACGCAAUUAACAUAUUCAAACCCUAACAGGCACAUGAUUUCUCUCUCACACGAUGAAUGCUUGCUGAUUUCGCUCCAUCUCUUGCUUUAAUGCCUUGUCCCUUUGACCUGUCUGUCUGCCUCUUCACCUGUCGUGUUGCCAUCAUCACCAGAGAAACUGUACAAAGUCGUUUGCCUCACUGUCCGUACACACGUUAUGAUUGCUCACCAUCACCACUUUCAUCUUUCUCAUCACCACAUCACUUUCAUUGACCCAACUCUGGCUAAGAUUGUAAACUAUUCUCCAUUCAUAAGGGUCAGUAGAGUAAGGUGUUUAAAAAAAAAAGAAAUGUCUGUAUCAUAAUUUAAAUAUAAAAAGUGCACUAUUAUAACUAUUGCCUGUGAUAAAAAAAAAGAACAAUUAUGAUUGAAGUGAUGGUCAAAAUAAAGAGAGAUCCACCUUAUUGUUAUGGUUAUAAUAAUAAACCCUAAAUUCA